AUGCUAACGUUAACGGAAGUUCGUCUAACGCCCUUUCCCACGUCAGCAACAAGCUUAAUUUUCAAAAUUUCAGUGACCGCUGAUUUUAGCGCCAAAGCCUAUUCAUUCCUCAGGUUUGGAAUGAUUUUACGGACAUCGGAGAGGACAUUGGAUGCUUCUGACGUGGUGGAUGAUUUCUGCUUGAAUUUGCUGGAUCGGGGUGGCGACAAUGUGCUUGCAUUAGCUCUUGGGGAACUGAGAGCAUUCAGAGGCGGUCAUCAUAUGCGAGUAAAUUCACUUGCCUGGAAUAAUCACAUAAUUACAACUGGAGGAAUGGAUGCUAAAGUCAUCAACAAUGAUGUGAGAAUAAGAGAGCACAUUGUUGAAACAUUUAGGGGACACCAACAGGAAGUUUGUGGACUGAAAUGGUCACCUUCAAGCCAGCAAUUAGCAAGUGGAGGGAAUGAUAACCUUCUCUUUAUAUGGGAUAGAUCAAUGACCUCCUCAAAUUCACCAACGCAUUGGCUUCACAGGCUUCAAGACCACAGAGCAGCUGUGAAAGCACUGGCUUGGCGUCCCUUCCAGACCAAUCUGCUAGUCUCUGGUGGAGGCGGGAACGAUAGGUUUGUGCUCUCGAGUGGAACAAGCAUGAGCGAGAAUUGCUUAGCUCUCUGGAAAUAUCAGUCCAUGGUAAAGAUGGCAGAGGUCAGAGGUCACAAUUCUCGAGUCCUCUUUAUGACUCAGAGCCCAGAUGGAUACACAGCAGCAACUGCAGCAGGCGAUGAAACUUUGCCAUAUUGGAAUGUGUUUGGGGACCCACAAGGGGCUAAACCUGCACCAAAAGCAAAUGCUAAACCAUUUGCUAAUUAUCCACGUCCCCUUCCUGUUGCUCUUCCUCGACCACUAGGUGAUGAGUGGCUUUUCUGCUCAUUAUGA